ACUGAAGGAGCUGAAGGAGCUGAAGGAACUGAAGGAACAGAAGGAACUGAAGGACCUGAAGGGACUCAUGGAACACAAAGCACUCGAGGAACUGAAGGACCUGAAGGAACAGAAGGAACUGAAGUGUUAUAUGAAUGUGAACCUUAGUGAAACCUGAUUAAAGUGAUUUCGUUUUAUGUUUGUAAAACUUGGUGAAACUUUCGUUAUGUAACCUUUCGUUAGUUGAUGAUUUAUAUUACAGUUGCGAUGACAUAACUUAUCCAUGUUCUAGGAAGAUGACGUGACGUAUUCAACAUGUUGUAAAAUCCGAAAAACUUCGAGUGAAAAAAAUAUAAUCUGGAACACAUUUUCUGUCGAAUGGGAAGGGAAUACAUCAUUGUUAGCUAUAUUUUUUGUAUACACUACCUCGUGGGAUUAGAAAAGUUACAUAUGUCACGAAAUCAAAUUUUAUUCUACAUGAGCACAUCUAAAACGUUGAUAGAAAAUAGAAUAUAUCAGGUAUAACCAUAAAAUCAAUCAUCUAAGUACAGUAAAACCAACAAAAUCGGAAAAAACAGAAAAGUAAAACUUUAAAGGUUUUUGUAUAACUACAAACUAAGUGAAACUAUAAGCACGAAAAUCCUUCACCAAAAAAUCCGCGCCCAGUUUUUUGAAUUUUCCCACCAAUUUUUUCGAUUUUUGACUUUCCACAAAAUCGAUGCGGAGGCGACGUAGACGUGUAUUAAACCCGCCAUUUACCUCAGCCAAUCUCUCUACUAUUCAAUCUCUCUCUAGAUUUCUCUCUACAAUCGGUCGCUCUUCUUUCUAGAUUUCUAGGUUACUCAGAAUCAUGACUCAUCCAGCCGAGGAGUAUAGGCAGAUGAAGGCUUGGAAGAGAGACACCAACAUGCUUGGCUGUGUGGCGGAUGCCGAGUGUGGGAUUCCGACCAGAUGCCCUUGUGGGGGGACAAUCAUCAACGAGGUGUCUCGGAACCUGAAGUAUCCAACCGAUUUUGAUACUUUACCGGGGAGAAAAUACUUCACUUGCAAAAAUUAUGAGGUAAUCUAUGGAAAACGCCCAGAUUUUUUAUUGAUACUUUCGGGUUUUGAUACAUUCCUCUUUUACGUCUAGAAUGAUGGCUUCCAUUUCCGUCAACCAUGGGUCUUCGGAGUCCAGGAAGAGGUUGAAAUGUUAAGGAAGCGCGUGGAUGCGAUGGCUGCAGAGAUUGCUGAACUGAAGUAUAAUCUAACCCGUCAGAAUCCCACCACUCCAUGAGAUGCGUUCGGUCCAUGACAUUAGUCUACUAUCUGUUGUUGUUGUUUGCUUGAGAUUCUGAUUUACUAUGACUCUUCGUAUUUACUAAAGUUUCCCUAUUCUCCCUCUUUCACGAUCUACGAAAUAUCAUAAAUUGAAAGUGAAACUUACACUAAAGUUUCCCUAUUCUCCCUCCCUCUUUCACGAUCUACGAAAUAUCAUAAAUUCACGAAGUUACACUAAAUUGAAAGUGAAACUUACACUAAAGUUUCUCUAUUCUCCCUCUUUCACGAUCUACGAAAUAUCAUAAAUU